UCCCAUUGCUUCCUGUGGCAGCUGAUAUAAAUCGUUGUUUACUGGAGUAAAAUUUGAAGGGGCCAGAAUACGGUGGUUAGCGGUCUGUAUUUGUUGUUGCCCCUUUCGCUUCGCGGAAAUAGCCAAGAGUAUUGCGCUUUCUUCUUCUCCCCCCGAGGCCUGGAGUCAGCGCAAAGAGAUCCCCGAGAUUAACAAAAUGAACAAAGAUGCACAGAUGAGAGCAACUAUUAACCAGAAACUGAUAGAAACUGGUGAACGAGAACGACUUAAAGAGUUGCUAAGAGCUAAAUUAAUUGAAUGUGGUUGGAAAGAUCAAUUGAAAGCUCAUUGUAAAGAUGUGAUUAAAGAAAAAGGAUUAGAACACGUUACUGUUGAUGACUUGGUAGCAGAGAUAACUCCGAAAGGCAGAGCACUUGUACCAGACAGUGUGAAGAAGGAACUUUUACAGAGAAUAAGAACUUUCCUUGCUCAGCAUGCUAGCCUUUAAGAUAGGCUAAACAUCACCGCCAUGUACUUUGAUUUCUUUGAUCCAUUAAAAAAAGACAUGCCAUACAUUUGGAGUGCAUUUUCUAAAGUAGUCCUUUUUUUGUACGAUGAAUUUUACAUGUUUUGGUAAUAACCUGUGUGUUGUAUUGAUUUUUUUUUUCUUGAAGAUUAUUUUAAUAAUAAAAACAAUGUAAAUGUUUGAAAAUUA